GUCUGCCACUGCGCGAACGCUCCAGCCAUUUCUUCAGAUACUCGACACGGCCUCUGAGGUUGAUUUCUUUGACCUGGACUGCAGUUGCGUACACGACGACGUUUGAUUUCGUACUCGUUUCUACAAGCAUAUUGCUUUCUCAUGUCAUCCUACUCUACGUGCAUCCUCUAGUCUUACCCGGUGUAAUCCGUCGCGGCCAUAACAUUAGAAAUUGUCUUCGGUAAUGGCGGAGGCUAUAGGUUUAUCAGCUUCAGGACAUCCGAACCUGAACCUCAAUCCUGAAGAGAAAAGAAUAUACAGCCAGCUCCUGAAAGAGGCCGACCCUGAUGGCUUCGGAGCUGUAUCUGGAGAUGUGGCUGUCAAAUUCUUCGAGCGAACGAAGCUUCCUCCAGAUGUCCUGGGACAGGUCAGGAUGAGCUCUACCCAAGCAUAGGGCCCGACGUUGACAACCUGCAGAUUUGGCAGAUUGCCGACGUUGAGAAUCGAGGCUUCUUGACACCAGCAGGCUUUGGAAUGGCUUUACGACUCAUUGGUCAUGCGCAAGCUGGCAGAUCACCCUCUGCGCAGUUGGCACCACAGCCGGCGCCUCUUCCUCAAUUUGACAUGUCGCAUACUGAUCAACCGCAAUCCCAAUCGCAAUCCCAACCGCAAUCCCAACCCCAGCCGCAGCCGCUGCCACAACCGCAACCGCAACCUAUUCCCCAGCAGUCGACUGGACCGCCAGCGAGCCCGACUCCGCCAACAGCUCCCCCGAUCCGUGUACCUCCGUUAGGUCCAGACAAAGUUACAGAGUAUUCGUCCUUGUUCGAGAAAUCAGGCGCAGAGAAUGGAAUCCUUCCAGGGCUGGUUGCCAAACAAAUUUUUGAAAGAGCAAGACUACCAAUUGAAGUCCUGGGUAGGAUCUGGGCGCUUUCUGAUACGCAGGGCCGGGGCUAUCUGGAUGUCACAGAGUUUGUCAUUGCUAUGCAUCUUUUAGCAUCCUACAAAUCCGGCCAGAUGCGAGGUGUUCCCAGUACCUUGCCACCGGGCCUUUAUGAGGCUGCCAGUCGUCGUCUUCCUGUGCGAAUGGGAAGUGGUUCACGUCCAGGCUCCAGUGCGGUGCAUGGGGUCCCUCCGCAGUUUACCGGUUUCAAUGCUCGCCCACAGAGCCCGAUUACGCGACAGCAAGUCAGCACACCGCUAUCAGCACAAUCGACUGGAGAAGCUUGGGUUAUCACACCUGCUGACAAAGCUCGGUUCGACUCGAUCUUCGCAACGAUCGACCGUCAAGGAUCGGGCUACAUCAAUGGAGAACAAGCCGUCGAAUUCUUCGGAAAUGCAAGGCUGCCAGAGGAAACCCUUGAACAGAUCUGGGAUUUGGCCGAUAUCCACUCGCGAGGCCAAUUGAACAAAGAUGAAUUCGCUGUUGCAAUGUACCUGAUUCGGCAGCAACGAGCUACAAAAGAUGGCCGUGGUAACUUGCCCUCAACUCUGCCUCCGGCUCUUGUUCCACCGAAUAUGCGCAAGCAACAGGUUCCGCCACCGCAGCCUACUGCGCCGUCCUUCGAAAAUGCACCUGUGACCAAGCCUCGAUCAGCCGCCGAUGAUCUCUUUGGACUUGAUGCAUUUGGACAUGCACCUUCUGCUCCAGCCGCUCCACCAGCCCAAGCUCCACAGUCGACUGGAGGCACUGAUGCUGGUCCAUUUGCCAAUCCUCCCGGAUUUACGCAAUCACUCUCUCCACAGGCUACAUCGACAACAUUCAAACCUUUUGUCCCUUCCAGCUCUUUUGGCCAGAGCAUUAUUCCACAGUCGACCGGCUCCCCUGCCCCUCAGAUCAAGUCGGCACCAAUGCCGAGUGACGACUUGCUUGGGGAUGCAGACCCAGAAGUCAGUUCAAAGCUCACGAACGAGACGAGUGAACUGGGAAAUCUCUCAAACCAGGUUAGCACAUUGUCAAAGCAAAUGACAGACUUGCAGGGCACGAGGAAGCAGACGGAGCAGGAAAUCUCAACCACCACGGCACAGAAACGAGCAUUCGAAAGUCGACUGGCUCAAUUGAGAUCUCUGUAUCAGAAAGAGGCCCAGGAAGUAAAGGCACUUCAAGAACAGCUGACAGCAAACAAAAACGAAACAAAGAGGUUGCAGCAAGAUAUGGCAAUGAUUGAUGGCGCUCACCAGGAUUUGUCAACUCAGCAUGAACAGUUACGGGCUCAGCUGGAAUCUGAUCAACGUGAAAAUGCUGCAUUAAAAGACCGCAUCCGCCAAACAAACCAAGAGAUUGAUCAACUUAAGCCUCAGCUCGAGAAGCUGAAGUCUGAUGCGAGGCAACAGAAAGGUCUCGUCGCCAUCAACAAGAAGCAGCUCGCUACCAAUGAGGCGGAGCGAGAUAGAAUAAAAGCAGAAAUCGCGGCUUCUCAAAAGGAAAUCGAAGAUGCUCAGAGAGAGGCGGCAGAGUCAGCACGACUAGUGGAAACCUCGAAGAAGGAGCUGGAAGAGGCACGAAACGUACCUGUUCCGUCGACUCACGGUCCCCCUUCUGUCGCAAGUCCCGCCCCCUCAACGAGCUCAAAUCCAUUCUUCCGCCGCACCGCAGACACUGCCUUCUCGCCACCAAUCUCAGGAGGAGAACCGAAGGAUCAACAGAGCGCCUUUGACAAUAUUUUCGGCCCCUCGUUUGGUUCGUCCGCUGCUCCUCCGCCUGUGGUCUCUUUCACGGGCCCAUCCUCUUCAGCUGCUGCUGCUGCUCCGUCGAGUGUCGAACCGAGUGAGACCUCAGCAUCUAACACUCGAGAUGCGGUAGAACCACCGGCACCGCCUCACUCGCGACAGAUGACCUCUGCAGCACUUCCAUUUCGGAGACCCUUAGAGAGAGGAGACUCUGUUAGUUCUUCUGUCAGAGUUGUCCCACCAGGCAGUCGACUGAGUCCCUCUGACACUCCUCGUGCUCUGACACCAACCACCUCAACUUCAAGUCCUUCCGGACCACCGGAUCCGCACGAGGAUCCAUUCACGGCUGCUGCACCAGAUGAGGAACAGGAGUUGGUACGACAAACUCUCCCUCAGCCUUCGUCUUCCGGCCCCGCCGAGGACACCUUUGGGGAACCAUCGACAGGCCCAGUCGAUAUUCCUGGAGCUUUCCCCUCAGGUUCGCGAUCUGAAACCCCUGCUGAAGGCGUAAAUCCAACAGCGGUUGCCGCUGGAGCAGGCACUGCCACUGUUGCUGCGGCUAUAGGGAUUGCUGCGGGUGCCACCAACUCUGAAGAGAAGUCCGUAGGUCCGGAGUCAAGUCGAGAGACACCAGCAAAGUCCCCUGAGCAGACCUUCGACGAGUACUUUGGCGGCCCUGCUCAUCAGCGCACGGCUUCCCAGAAAGCUGCUGACUUUGACUCAGCCUUCGCGGGCAUGUCACAAGCCCCAGUGACCAAUGGUGCCGGAAAUCAGGCGGAAAAUGAGUUUCCCGACAUUCAGGAGCUCGAGGGCGAUGACGACAGCAGUGAAUACAGCGAUGAAACACCCAUGAAAUUCGAAGACGAUUUCAAUACCAGAUCGCCGCCAAGGGAUACUGCACCUACUAGCGAGAACAAGGCUGGUAAGCAGCCUGAGGUCGCGCCUGAGACGCAGACGCUCAGACCUCCUUUGGAAGGUCCGUUGUCUACAGCAAGCUCGCUACCUGGAGCUGAUCAACAAAUGUCUCCUCCGACUUAUGGUGACGUUGUCCCGAACGAUAAUCCGACACAUUUCCCACCCGAAUUCGAAGGAUUGCUACCGGAGAGGCAAGAUCCCACUUCACCACCUCCAACGGCUGGCGGCUCUACCCAUCCUGGCCCUCCUCCAACUGGCAGUCCACCCGCCUACGGCCCCGAAGCUCACCCUAGAAGUCCAUCGGACACGAAAGCGACUGCGCCUCCACCAACGAAAGCAGCCCCUUUCGACUUUGAUAGCGCUUUCACCGGAAUAGGGACUGCACCAGAGGAAGACGAGAAUGAUGAAGAUGAGGAGGGCGGUGCUUUCACACCGGCGAAGACUGCAACUGACUUUGAUCCCACUUUCGACUCUCCGCCCCAGACCAGGGCUUCCGCUGCUCCUCACCCAUCCGCUUACGAAUCGGUCACGAAUGGCACAUCUAGACCUGCUGAGCAGAACAAUUUCCCCUCAAAUGGAGCCCCUCCGGCGACAUCUCUAGGAUCUCCGGGCUCUACCGCCGGGACUGCGUCACACGACUGGGAUGCACUAUUUGCGCCAUUGAACACCGACACGGCGUUCCCUGUGGGGGAUACAACUGCAUCAGCGGCAGAUGAAAGUGUAGCGAGACAAGAAACUGGCGUGCCAUCUGUGCCGCGAACAGAAAUGACGCCCGCGUCACCCACAGCAGCUUCGCCUACCUCAACAGCACCCGCUUCCAAGCCUGACCGCCCUCAGCCUGGUCGAGCGCUAAGUACGGGCACUGAGCACGACGACCCCAUCUUGAAAAGAUUGACAGCAAUGGGUUGGUCGCGAGACGAGAGUCUAGCCGCCUUAGAACGAUUUGAUUAUAAUAUUGACAAGGCCGCCGACUACUUGACAUUUCAGUCUUGAUCAAUUAGUCGUUCAUAGUCAGAUUUGUUCACUUCCGGAAUGAUAUGGAUUUUCCUCUCCAAUCGAUAUGCCAGAUGUUGGAUCACCAUGUCUCAUUGCUUUUGCAUUUCACUUUGAGCGACACAGCGUUAUCUUGAAGCGGACGAGGGAGUGUUCUCUUGAAUACAGGCACGUUUUGAUUGAAGACCGGGCAGAAUCUGACGGCAAAGGACCAGAAGCUACUUUUACAGAUUCACUUUCCUCUGUCAAAUUCUAAAGUCAUUUAAUCCCCGUGCAAGACGGCAAGCAUAUCUCAAAGUCUACAACAGUUGAUUAGGGGUUUUUCGACAUGUAAGAAAUGUUUCAGCGUGAUGCUUAUACGCCUCAACUUGCCAGAUAGUAGAUCCGUGCAUUCAAAACAGUCCAUCAGGAAGCUAACAAAGGAGUGGAGGGACUGCAGAAUGCAGUCGAGGA